AUUACCAAUAACUUUGGCCGAAAGUAAAUGGGGAGUAUUGAUUUCUCAACGAAAAGGAACCGGCGAAGAAACUUCAAUGUUAUUUACUUCUGAGGAAUUUUCUCAGAUUGCUUCUGAUUGA